AUGGUUCAAGAUCUCAACCUUUUACCAACACCAGUAAGAUUCACGGCGGAUAUUAGCACAGAGAAGGUGCAUUAUUUGGAUUUGGAAAUUUCAUUGGGAGCAACACAUUUUCAAUAUUCCCUUUAUACAAAACCCACAGAUAGGAAUACACUCCUCCAUUACCAGAGUGCACAUCCCAGGGCUUUGAAGAACUCACUACCAAAGGCACAAUUCCUAAGAGUAAUCAGGAACAAUUCGGAAGUAGGAAUUAGGGAUGUCCAGAUUUUUGAAAUGAAAAACAAAUUUCUUCAAAGAGGUUAUGAUGAAUGUAUGUUGGAAACAGCGCUACAAGAAGCAUUGAAUGCACGCGCUACCGAAACAAAGAAGAAAGCUCUUAAUUUGGUCUUCCCUAUGGUAUACAACCAGUCUACCCCUCAAGUGGCAUCGGUCAUUAGGAAGAAUUGGAGGAUAGUGUCGAGUGAUGACACGCUCCCGAAAGUGUUUAAAGAAAAGCCGUUAAUCUGUUAUAAGAGAAAUAGAAACCUAAAAGACAUGCUAGUACGUACGGAUCCCUCUCAAAGCUAUUUGAAUAUAGCGAAGGAACAAAUAAGAGGAUCUGUUCGCUGUCUUGGCUGUGUGACCUGUAGCCACAUGACGCCUGCAAGAACUUUUUUUCAUCCUCAUAAUAAUAGAAAAUAUACUAUUCGAUAUACCAUCACUUGCAAGACGACACAUGUAAUAUACAAAUUGUCUUGUCCGUGUGGCUUAUGUUACAUUGGGAAAACAGAGACGGCCAUCUGCGAACGAAUUAGGGGACAUAGAUCUUCUAUUAGACUGGCAUAUCGAGACGGUUCCACAGAUAAACCGGUUGCAAAACACUUCUUUGAAUUAAAGCAUCCAUUGGCUACAUUGAAAUUUGUGGCUAUUGACCACAUCCCUAACCCUAGAAGAGGGUGGGAUAGGGGGAGGAUGCUACUCAAUAGAGAAGCUUAUUGGAUUCAUGAGUUGGACACUGUGUCUCCAAAAGGACUAAAUGAAGCUUUGUCGUUACAUUCUUUUUUGGCCUGA